UGCUGAUGCCACAUCAUCAAAGAACAUCGACCUGUGUGUAUCUCAUUCAAAAAAAAAAAAACUAAAAUAAAAUACAAUCAGACAUCCAAAGCCAACUCAGCAUUUCGUUUUUAGAUUAAAUAAAAAAAAUUUUUUUUUGUUCAGAUCUUCGAUAUCAAAUUGAUAAUAAUUUUUUUUUUUUGCAAAUGAAACAUCAGUGAGCAAUUUGUAAUUUGUGUGUGAGCGUGUGUGUAUGUUCUAAAAGCCAAAUCAACAAAGUUAUCGCAAUAUUCAUAUUCAUUGAUCACACGAUUGUUCUAUUGUUUUAUUCGUUCAUCACCUUGUGUUUUUUAAAAAAAAAUUUAUCGGUGUGCUAUCUUUAAUUCUAAUUCUGAGUAAUAAAAAAAAAUUGAUUUUGUUACAACAAAAAUGUCCGCAUCACAAACUCUUCAAAAUGCUAUUGUUAAAUCCGUUCAAUCUGGCGAUUCAAUUAUUAUUCGUAGCCAACCAAAAGGUGGCCCACCACCAGAAAAACAAAUCAAUUUAGCUUAUUUGAUAGCACCAAAAAUAAGUCGUAAAUUACCCGAUGGUAGCCAUACAGCUGAUGAACCAUUUGCAUGGGAAUCUCGAGAAUUUCUUCGAAAAAAACUUGUCGGAAAAGUUAUACAAUUUCGCGUUGAAUAUAAAGUUCCAUUCGGUAAUAAUCAACGUGAAUGUGCAACAAUAUUUCUUGGAACGGAAAAUAUAAACGAAACAUUAGUAAAUGAAGGUUUAGUUGAAGUUGUAAAACGUGCUCAAAACAAAGAUAAUCCUGAUGUUGUUCGUUUGAUCGAACUAGAAGAAGCUGUAAAAAGUAGCGGAUCAAAAGGUAAAUGGGCUGGUAAUGCUAUUAAACGUACAAUUUUACAAGAAUUUGAGAAUAGUCAAUCAUUUGUUGGAAAAACUUUGGAUGGAAUAGUUGAACAUGUACGAGAUGGUUCAACUAUGAAAAUUGGACUCGUUUUGCCGUCAAAUGACCAAUCAUCGUUGAUGUAUCAGAUGGCUAUGGUAGUGUUGAGUGGUGUUCGUUGUCCACAAACAAAUGAACCAUUUGGUGAAGAGGCAAGAUUUUUUACCGAAUCACGACUAUUGCAACGUGAUGUUCAAGUACAUGUUGAACAGAUUAAUCCUGGCGGAAGUACAAUUGUUGCUACCGUUGCAUUUAUGGAUCGUGAUAUUGCUGAAUAUCUGUUGCGCGAAGGCUAUGCAAAAUGUAUUGAUCGAACGUUAGGAAUGACAAAAGAUCCUAAAAAAUUGCGUUCUCUCGAAUCUGAAGCUAAAAGCCGCAAAAUAAGAAUAUGGAAAGAUUUCAAAGAAACUGUACGAUCAAGUAGUUCAAUGAAUUUUGAAGCCAAAGUAUUGGAAAUAUCAAGUCCUGAUUCAUUGGUUAUUCAGCAUAACGAAAGUAAAGAAAUAAAGAAAAUAUUUUUGGCUUCUAUUCGUGCACCGAGAUUGGUUAACGAUGAUGGACAAACAGUUUUAGCAUCGAGUGGCGGUACCGAUACAAAGAAACAAUUUCGUCCGCUUUAUGACAUUCCAUUCAUGUUUGAAGCUCGAGAAUUUUUACGUAAAAAACUGAUCGGCAAAGCAGUCAAAGUACGUGUGGAUUAUGUUCAACCGAAAAAUGAAAAUUUUCCAGAAAAAACAUGCUGUACCGUUUUAACUAGUGAUGGGCAGAAUAUCGCCGAACAAUUGGUGAUGAAUGGUCUAGUUACAGUGGUUAAAUAUCGUCAAGAUGAUGAUCAACGUGCUUCAGAUUAUGAUUCAUAUCUAGCAGCUGAACAAAAAGCUCAGAAAAAUAAUAAAGGUUUGCAUUCAAACAAACCUGAAGCCGGAAUGAUACGAAUAGCCGAUCUAUCAAUGGAUUUAUCUAAAGCAAAAUCAAUGGCACCAUUUUUGACACGUUCUACAGGCAUUCGUCGUGACGCAGUUAUUGAAUAUGUAUUUCCAUCAUCGACUAAAUUAAAGGUUUAUAUACCAAAAGAAAGUUGUCUGGUUAAUCUCGUAUUGUCCGGUGUAAAUACUCCGCGACCAAACGAUCCAAUGUUAGCUGAUGCUGUACAACAUGUUCGUUUACGUGUCUUACAACGAGAUGUUCAAGUUGAAAUUGAAACCGUUGAUAAGAUUGGCAAUUAUAUUGGAUCUGUUUAUUAUGAAAAAAAUAAUAAUCUGGCAUUGGAUCUAGUACGCAAUGGUCUACUGUCGGUGAGAGAAUAUAAUAAAAAUAUGGAAUUAAACAAUGCUGAAAAGGAAGCAAAAACUGCUCGACGUGGAAUCUGGAAAGAUUAUAAGGAAGAAGUGGCCGUUGAAAAUGUUGAAGAAGUUGAUUUGGAUGGUGACAAUGAAACGGCGCCCGUAGUUGAUGACAUUGCGCAAAGAAAACGUGUCAUAAUCACAAAUCUGGCCAAAGAUUUUACCUCGUUUCAUGCGCAACAAGUAAAAGAUGGUCAAGAGAUUGAGGCAAUGCUUCAACGAUUACGACAAGAAGCAACAGCCAAUCCACCCAUUGCCGGUUCUUAUAGACCGAAAAAAGGUGAUCUUGUUAUGGCCAAAUUCAGUGAAGAUGGAUUAUGGUACCGUGCACGAGUGGAAAAAACAGUGAACUCCAAUGAAUCACAAGUUAUCUACAUUGAUUAUGGUAAUCGUGAAACAUUAGAUAAUAAAAAUAUAGCAUCACUGCCAUUGGGUAAUUUCGCCAGUAUUCCAGCGGCGGCUAAAGAAUAUGCAUUCGCAUUCGUCUUUCCAGAUACGGAUGAAGAAUUCUUGGAGGAAGUUAGAGCCGUUUUUAUGGAUAUAACAGCUAAUAAAGUACUGCUACUCAAGACAGAAUAUAAAGAUGUCGGCAAUGGAUUGGAAGCGGCAACAUUGUUGGAUGAAACUAGUAAAAAAGAUAUUGUUCUUCAAAUGGUAAAAGAUGGUUGGCUUUUUGUCGAUACAAAAACUCGUCGUGAUCGUCGAUUGUUGAAAAAAAUUAACGAAUACAAAGAAGCACAAGAAUAUGCUAAAAAGAAUGGGCUUAAUCUAUGGCAAUAUGGUGAUGUUACACCCGAUGAUGCUAAAGAAUUUGGUUAUCCAAGCCAUUGAUGGAAAACGAUAGAAGCCGUUUAUCGUUUGAAAACAAAA